AUGGUGGACUGGCACUUGGUGAAGGAGAUGAAACCCCCCAGGACGCAGCAGGAGUGGGAGGCGGAGUUCCAGAAGUAUCAGCAGUUCCCAGAGUUCAAAAUCCUGAAUCGUGACAUGACUCUGACAGAGUUCAAGUUCAUUUGGUACAUGGAGUAUUCGCAUCGUAUGUGGGGCCGUGUUGUGGGCUUGGCCUACAUCCUUCCUGCUGCCUACUUCUGGAGGAAGGGUUGGCUCAGCCGCCCCAUGAAGGGCCGUGUGCUUGCGCUCUGUGGGCUUGUGUGCUUCCAGGGUCUACUGGGCUGGUACAUGGUGAAGAGUGGACUGGAAGAGAAGCCAGACUCCUAUGAUAUCCCUCGGGUCAGCCAGUACCGCCUUGCAGCACACCUUGGCUCUGCUCUGGUUCUUUAUUCUGCCAGUCUGUGGAUGGGGCUGUCUUUGCUGCUUCCACGACACCAGUUGCAUGAGACACGUCAGCUGCUGCAGCUGAGACACUUUGCCCAUGGAGCUACAGCUCUCAUUUUUCUUACAGCUCUUUCAGGUGCCUUUGUGGCAGGUCUGGAUGCUGGCCUUGUGUACAAUUCCUUCCCCAAAAUGGGGGAACGCUGGAUCCCGGAUGAUCUUCUCGCCUUCUCCCCAACCCUGAGAAAUAUCUUUGAGAAUCCUACAACUGUACAGUUUGAUCACAGGAUCUUGGUUGCCCUGGGCAUCAGCACGCUGCUGCUCUACGUCCCCACUCCACUGGCCGCCACGCACCAGUCGGGCUCCCUGGCGCUGCUCAGCGUGGCCCUGUGGCUCAUGAGCGAGUUGCGGCGCCUCCCCAAGUGA